UAUGAGAGAGGGAAAAAAAACUUUAUAACAGUAUUAAAAUGGUCACACUCAUUAGUGUCAUAGUCAUUGAACUACAAAAGCAAAACCAAACCCAAAAAAAUAAGAUAAACAAAUACUCCAAUUAUAAUCAAAACAAAAGGGUUAGUGAGUCUACCACUGAAAGAGGAAGACAGAGAAAAUACAGUACUGAAAGAUUGAAGGAAAAAAAAAAAAAGGAGCUUUGAGCUGGAUUUCACAUGGCGUCGUUACCUCUUGCACCUCAUCAACCCCAUAAUCCUCCACCUCCUGAUUCUCUCUCCUCUAAUUCCAAACCUCCUUCUCAACAUUCCAUGUCUGAUGAUAAGGAAAUGUCCCCUGCUGUAAUACAGGGGAAUGAUCAGGUUACAGGCCAUAUAAUUUCCACAACCAUUGGUGGAAAAAAUGGUGAACCGAAACGGACUAUUAGUUAUAUGGCGGAGCGUGUUGUUGGCACAGGAUCAUUUGGGAUUGUGUUUCAGGCAAAAUGCUUAGAGACUGGGGAGACUGUUGCGAUUAAAAAAGUUUUACAGGAUAGACGUUACAAGAAUAGGGAACUGCAAUUGAUGCGCUUGCUAGAUCAUGCAAAUGUUAUUUCCCUCAAGCAUUGUUUCUUUUCAACUACCAGUAAAGAUGAGCUUUUUCUCAACCUAGUGAUGGAGUAUGUACCAGAGUCGUUGUAUCGUGUCCUCAAGCACUACAGUACUGUGAAUCAAAGGAUGCCACUUAUCUAUGUUAAAUUAUACACAUAUCAGAUUUUUCGUGGAUUGGCAUACAUCCAUACUGUUCAUGGUGUUUGUCAUAGAGAUAUCAAACCUCAAAAUCUCCUUGUCGACCCCCUUACACAUCAGCUUAAGAUUUGUGACUUUGGAAGUGCUAAAGCUUUGGUCAAGGGAGAACCAAACAUAUCAUACAUAUGUUCUCGUUACUACAGAGCACCAGAGCUAAUAUUCGGUGCAACGGAAUAUACGUCUUCAAUUGAUAUCUGGUCAGCUGGUUGUGUUCUUGCAGAACUUCUUCUUGGUCAGCCAUUGUUCCCUGGUGAGAAUGCAGUAGAUCAACUUGUGGAGAUCAUCAAGGUUCUUGGUACUCCUACUAGAGAGGAAAUUCGAUGCAUGAAUCCCAACUACACUGAUUUUAGGUUCCCACAGAUUAAAGCUCACCCUUGGCACAAGGUUUUUCAUAAGAGAAUGCCCCCUGAAGCUAUUGAUCUUGCUUCACGAUUACUGCAGUAUUCGCCUAGUCUUCGAUGCACUGCAUUGGAAGCAUGUGUUCAUCCUUUCUUUGAUGAGCUUCGAGAACCCAAUGCACGUCUUCUAAACGGUCGCCCGUUGCCUCCCCUUUUCAAUUUUAAGCAAGAAUUAGCUGGAGCCCCACCCGAGUUGAUAAAUCGUCUAAUACCCGAACAUGUCCGACGGCAGUCAGGUUGUCCUCUUCCUGGAUAAGCAUAAAUCUCGCAAUGGAGGGAGAGUUGGUGAUCAAUGCGUGGAUGGAGGAUGGUAAAAGCCUGCGAGUACAUCCUGAUUUUUCUACUGGUGAACCUUGUAGCCGUUCAGUGGCUUUUUGCUCACCCUACCAAAAAAAUGUAUACAUGUAUUAGCCAUUUUGGGCUAGAGCUGCAAUAACUGGUCCUAUAUUACUGUGUUUCCUUGAGCUCUGUACAUUGUUUUGAUCGUAAAAAUGUCUCAUGUAGGGUGUAUAACAAAGAUGCAAAGUAAUUAAGCUUUUAGGUAGGUUGCUAGAUAGAAGAAGAAUGAAUAGCCUCAACACGAAGUAGGUUGGCUUGUAUGACGUCAAUAUUGCUCGUUUCGUACUAUGUGUUCUUAUCCUCUGCUCAGAAGGUAGACAUUAACAUGCUAGUUACUAGUUACUACUGUUUAUAUUCCAACCAAUGUUUUUCUUAGAA